AUGCCAGGAACGCCACAGAAGAAUAAGAGAUCGGCGAGUAUAUCUAUUUCGCCUAUGAAGACUGCAGAGGAGAAAGAGCCACCUCACAAUGAUUCAAAAGCAACAAAGUUAAACCAAACAAAAAGAAAAAAAAAGUACGCAUUUGCUCCUAUAAAUAACUUAAAUGGGAAGAGCAGUAAAAUACCCAAUGCUGGUGUGUUAAAAUCAAUAUCUGUUUCACAAGUACGAAAUACAGCAAGGACCAAAGAAACAAGCAAAACGAUUAGCAAAAGCACAAAGUCACUACCGAGUUCGCAAGCUAAACUCAAACGUGAAGUCUCAAAUAUGACCAAGUAUCACGACUUCAGUCAUGAUGAAGACGGCCCUAUGGAAGAAGUGAUAUGGAAGUAUUCGCCUCUACAGCGAGAUAUGUCGGACAAAACAACGAGUGCCGCCGAAUUUUCUGAUGACUAUGAAGAUGCCCAAAAUCCCUCUUCGACUCCUAUAGUUCCCAAUCGUUUAAAAACCGUUCUCAAUUUUACAAAUAUUCACGUACCCAGUGUAAACGAAAAUCCAAUCACACAAGAAAAUGCAGACGAUCAAACACGAUCUAGACCAACGAACAUCUCACCAAGGGGUUCUUUUCGUAACAUAGAUGACAUUCUGGAUGACAUAGAGGGUGACUUAACUUUAAAACCGAAAAUGACGAAGUUCAACGAUUUGCCUUCUUCUCCUACCAAAGCACCUGAUGUUGCACAACCAGAGGUGAUUGUCGAAAGAGCGGAUAAUGUAAAUACCACAGGUGAUAGUAACGAUGGCGAUGAUUCUUUAAUUGAUAUUUUAACCCAAAAGUACGUUGAGAAAUACAAGGAUGUUGGUGAAAGCCAAAUUGCAAAUCAAAGCAGCGGAGACGAUCGACUAAGUGAAGAAAGUGAAGAAAAUGAAGAAAACGAAACAAAAGAAGCCAAUAAAGUCAACGAACUCAAUAAGAGUCAAGCAGAUCACACAUGUCUAAAAAUUCAAGAAACCGAAAGAAACGGGGAGAAUUUAUCAGACGAAUUUUCAGACGAUUCGUUGAUAGAACUGUUAAAUGUAAAUGAAACGCAAACAGCACCAAAUGUCAUUGAGCAAGAGAUUGAAAAGGUCGAGGAAAUGGUAUCUCACGAUUUGAAAGUCGAUUAUGAUACCGAUUUAUCUACGUAUAUUCUCAAAGCUAAAUCAGGUGCACCAAGAAAGGGGGUGGUACGAUUGGUAGUAACCAGUAUACGUACUGUAGAGCUGCCAAAAAUCGGAACACAAAAAAUACUGGAAUGCAUUGAUGCUAAGGGCGAACUAAGCUCUGUUGUCGUUCGGCAUCCUUGRGUGUAUUUAGAGUUUGAAGCUGGCGAUGUAAUACAUAUAAUAGAGGGGAAGAAUAUUGAAAACAAACGACUUCUUUCUGAUGAUAAGAAUCCUAAAACUCAAUUGGCGAACGACAACCUACUGGUUUUAAAUCCUGAUAUAUUAUUUUCAGCAACAUCAGUUGGAAGUUCAGUAGGAUGUUUAAGACGUGCAAUUCUACAAAUGCAGUUCAAAGACCCUCGUGGAGAACCAAGUCUAGUCAUGACUCUGGGUAAUAUCGUGCAUGAAUUACUACAAGAUUCAAUCACGUAUAAACUUUCUCACAGCAAAAUUUCAAUGGAAUACCUUGUGCAAAAGUUAGAUUCACUGUUGGAAACUUACUCGUUUGCAAUAAUGAUUUGUAACGAAGAAAUCCAGUAUGUCAAAGAGUUAGUUAUAAAAGAGCACGCUGAAAAUAUUCUGCAUUUUGUCAAUAAGUAUGUGUCAAAGAACAACUAUGGCUGCUAUACAUCUGUCUCAGGGACCAGAAGAACACAGCCGAUAUCAAUAUCGAAUGUAAUUGACAUUGAGGAAAACAUUUGGUCUCCAAUAUACGGCCUUAAAGGGUUCUUAGAUGCCACUGUAGAAGCUAACGUUGAAAAUAAUCAAAAGUGUAUCGUUCCUUUAGAAGUAAAAACUGGUAAAUCUAGAAGUGUUUCAUACGAAGUCCAAGGCCUUAUAUAUACACUGCUUUUAAACGACCGUUAUGAAAUACCAAUAGAUUUUUUUCUACUUUAUUUUACAAGAGACCAAAACAUGACAAAAUAUCCAUCUAUUUUGCACUCUAUCAAGCAUAUUCUGAUGUCCCGAAACAGAAUGAGCAUGAGCUUCAAGCAUCAACUUCAGGAAGUUUAUGGUCAAGCUCCAUCAAAGUUUGAAUUACCACCUUUAUUACGAGAUUCAUCUUGUGACACAUGCUUUAUGAAAGAAUCGUGUAUGGUACUGAAUAAAUUACUGGAAAAUGGAACCUCAGAAGAAAGCGGCCUGAUUGAAGGAGAAUUCGAUACUUUAACGGAGCACUUGUUGCCAAACCUCACCAUUUAUAAGGAUUUCUUUACAAAAUAUAACGAUCUCAUAACGAAGGAAGAAUCAAGCAUAACGUGCAUCAAUAAAGAGCUUUUUUUAUUGGACGGGUUUACGAGAGAAUCUAGAAGUGGGAGGUGUCUGUCUAAUUUAGUUGUGUUAGAGAUGAUUGAUCAUGAAGAAAAGGAAGGCACGUAUUUAUAUUGCUUCCAAAGACACGGUAAAGAUAACGACACACAAUCCAUGUUAUCUUCGCAAAUCACAGUAAAUGACUUUGUAAUUAUUAGUGAUGAGGAAGGCCACUUUUGUCUAUGCCAAGGUCGUGUACAGUUUAUAAAUCCAGACAACAUUGGAAUAUCCGUUAAGCGGAAAUUAUUAAACAACCGACUCUUAGAUAAAGAGAGAGGAGUUACUACCAUUAAAAGUGUAGUUGACUCUGAUUUAGAUCUUUCUAAUCUUGUCGCCACUCAAAAUCUAGUUACUUAUAGGAUCGAUAAAAACGACAUUCAACAAAGUUUGUCUCUAGCACGCUUCAAUCUUUUGAGUUUAUUUCUCCCAGCUGUUUCACCUGGUUUGGAUAUCAUUGACGAACGUAGUAAAUUAACCCGUAAAACAAAGAGAUCUGAUGGAGGUAACGAGACUCUACGAACUCUUCUCGUUGAUAAUCGGGCACCAAUAUUUAGAGGUGUAAAUGAUGACCCUGUAAUACCAUAUGACUUACCGGCGGAUAUAGCUUUAAACGUGGAUCAAAAACUAGCCAUAGAUAAAAUAAUGAGAGCCGAAGACUAUGCAUUGAUAUUAGGAAUGCCAGGUACAGGUAAAACCACUGUCAUUGCAGAAAUUAUUAAGAUUCUAGUCUCCAAAGGGAAAAGUGUACUUUUGACAUCAUAUACUCAUUCUGCAGUGGAUAAUAUCUUGAUGAAACUGAAUAAUACUAGCAUUAACAUAAUGAGAUUGGGAUUGAAACAAAGAGUUCACUCUGAUACCCAGAAGUAUGUGCCAAACUAUGAGUCAGUGAAGAGUUACAGUGAUUAUCUAGCUAAAAUAAACUCCGCUUCCGUCGUCGCUACCACGUGUUUGGGCAUAAGCGAUGUUCUAUUUACACUGCAUGAAAAAGACUUUGACUAUGUGAUCUUGGACGAAGCAAGUCAAAUAUCGAUGCCUGUGGCUUUGGGACCUUUACGAUAUGGAUGUAAGUUCAUUAUGGUUGGAGACCAUUACCAAUUACCACCAUUAGUUAAAAAUGAUGCGGCUAGGUUAGGCGGUUUGGAAGACUCGCUAUUCAAGACCUUCUGCGAGAAGCAUCCAGAGAGUGUUGUGGAGCUCACUUAUCAGUACCGUAUGUGUGGCGAUAUUGUUACCUUGUCUAACUUUUUAAUUUAUGAAAAUAAAUUAAAGUGUGGGAAUAACGAAGUAUUUGUACAGUCUCUGGAAUUACCAAUUAAAGGUGCAUUGUCACAAUAUAGAAGUGAAUCGAUUGAGUCUAAGAACUGGCUUGAAGAUAUACUAGAACCCAACAGAAAGGUCAUAUUUUUAAAUUAUGACAGAUGCCCCGACAUUAUGGAGCAAAGCGAAAAGGAUAACAUAACAAAUGUAGGGGAAGCAGAAUUGACCUUGCAAUGUGUAGAAGGAAUGAUGUUGAGCGGUGUGCCAUGUGAAGAUAUUGGCGUAAUGACGUUAUACAGAGCGCAGUUGAGGUUACUGAAAAAGAAAUUCAAUAAGGAUGCUUACAAAGGGCUAGAGAUCCUGACCGCCGAUCAGUUUCAAGGUCGUGAUAAGAAAUGUAUUAUUAUUUCCAUGGUCAGAAGAAACUCUCAAUUGAACGGGGGGUCAUUACUAAGAGAACUAAGAAGAGUCAAUGUUGCCAUGACGAGAGCCAAAUCCAAACUGAUCAUCAUCGGCUCAAAAAGUACAAUUGGUUCCGUUCCCGAAAUAAAAUCGUUUGUGAACUUGUUAGAGGAACGCAAUUGGAUUUAUACAAUGUGCAAGGAUGGGCCAUAUAAGUACAAGUUCCCUGAGAGAUUGGUGAACAGUGAGAUGGCAUAUAAAGGCUUCAAGAAAAGAACGGGUGCCAAGGCUAUCACGUCUCAAUCCAAACUCGUUAGCGACAAACCUAUCAUAAAGGAAAUUUUACAGGAGUAUGAGAGUUAA